CAUCCAAACUGCUGCAGUCCCGGCAGCACGAGUGUGGGACCAUCGUUAUUUCCACAGUCGAUCUCUGACUUUGAACUGAGGUGCUCAGAGUCUGAGUGACGGCUCCUGGAGGUAAUUUAGUUUAACUUCCAGAAGCUGCUUCGUUUCGUCUCUCUUUGCUUUGGGGACUUUUGGUGUGAAUCGGUUUUCCGUCCUCUCACAGUCAACAUCUCUUCAGUAGAUUCUGUGUUUGUGUGUCCAGAGGUUGUGUCAAGCAUCAAGGGUGAAAAACAGCCUCCUCCUCCUCCUCCUCCUCCUCCUCCUCCUCUGCUGCAGCAUCAAAACUAAAUCUGAGAAAUCUCAUCUGCUGACGCCGCUUCGCAAAGAGAGAAAAACCACCUGGAGGUUUUCUGUGGAUUUUUGGAGGAAUCGUGCGCAGACAUGUCGCCUUUCCUGCGGAUUGGCUUCUCCAGCUUCGAGAUCGAUGCCGGUCUGGCGUACUACGAGGAGGUGCUGAGCCCGUACUGUGCCGUGUACAUGAAGGAGGCCAUCGACACAGAGAAAGGUCAAGUGUACAAGCAGAAGAAGCCGACCAUGUACCCGCCGUGGAACACCACGUUCGAUGCCCACAUCCACCGGGGCCGCAUCAUGCACGUGAUGGUGAAGGACCGGACGGCCGAGCUGAAGUCUGAGGCCACGGUGGCUUUGGACACGCUGGCGACGCGGUGCAAGAAGGAGAACGGCAAGCUGGAGAUCUGGUUGGAGCUGAAGCCUCAAGGUCGCCUGCUCAUGGAGGCCAAAUAUUACCUGGAGAAAAGUGACGCCGCGGGUCAGACGGAGGGAGACCCCGAGUCGGAGCCGGAGAGAGACGGCUUGUUCGCCCUCCAUCAGCGGCGCGGUGCCAUCAAACAGGCCAAAGUCCACGUGGUCAAAUGCCACGAGUUCAGCGCCACGUUCUUCCCUCAACCGACCUUCUGCUCCGUCUGCAAAGAGUUUGUUUGGGGUCUGAACAAACAGGGUUACCAGUGCAGACAGUGCAACGCAGCGAUCCACAAAAAGUGCAUCGACAAAAUUAUCGCCAAAUGUACGGGUUCCGCCAUCAACAGCAAAGAAACGAUGAUCCACAAGGAGCGAUUCAAGAUCGACAUGCCGCACAGGUUCAGAGUCCACAACUACAAAAGUCCCACCUUCUGCCAACACUGCGGGACUCUGCUGUGGGGACUCGCCCGGCAGGGGCUCAAAUGUGAGGAGUGCAGCAUGAACGUUCACCACAAGUGUCAGUCGAAAGUCGCCAACCUCUGCGGCGUCAACCAGAAGCUGAUGGCUGAAGCUCUGGCGAACAUCGAGAGCAUUCAGCAGGCCCGAAGCACCAAAGACGGUGAGAUCAUUGGUCGAGAAGGUCCAGUAGGCGUCGACCAGGCAGGAGUUGUCCGAGCUCCGUCGGGGUUAAUUAUGGAAUUACCGGCCAAAGCUACUCCUGCGAACAAAGACCUGCAGGGCAUCUCAUGGGACGGGCCCACAGACGACAGCGGGUCGGGCGCCGAGGCCUCGAGAGAGGAGGAGCCGCUGUACGCCGUCCCGAGGAAGGAUCACCACCCCAAGUUCACCGUGGAAGACUUCGUCCUGCACAAGAUGCUCGGGAAGGGCAGCUUCGGAAAGGUGUUUUUGGCCGAGCUGAAGAAGAGCGGGCAGUUUUUCGCGGUCAAGGCUCUGAAGAAGGACGUGGUCCUGAUGGACGACGACGUGGAGUGCACGAUGGUGGAGAGGAGGGUUCUGUCUUUAGCCUGGGAAAACCCCUUCCUCACGCACCUUUACUGCACCUUCCAGACCAAGGAGAACCUGUUCUUCGUGAUGGAGUAUCUGAACGGAGGAGAUCUGAUGUUCCACAUCCAGAGCGUCCGCAAGUUUGACCAGCACAGAGCCACCUUCUACGCAGCCGAGAUCAUCUGUGGGCUCCAGUUCCUUCACUCGAAGGGAAUCAUCUACAGAGACCUGAAGCUGGACAACGUGCUGCUGGACUCCGAGGGUCAUAUAAAGAUCGCAGACUUCGGCAUGUGUAAGGAGAACAUGCAGGACGACCUGAGGACCUCCACCUUCUGUGGGACGCCCGACUACAUCGCCCCUGAGAUCCUGUUGGGGCAGAAGUACAACAGCGCAGUGGACUGGUGGUCGUUCGGCGUGCUGCUCUACGAGAUGCUCAUCGGUCACUCUCCGUUCCACGGCCGCGACGAGGAGGAGCUGUUCCAGUCCAUCCGCACGGACAACCCUGUUUAUCCCUGCUGCCUCCCCAAAGACGCCAAGGACAUUCUAGUCAAGCUGUUUGUCAGAGAACCUGAGGAGCGGCUCGGGGUGAAGGGAAACAUCAGGCAACACGCUUUCUUCCAGAGCACCGACUGGAACACCCUGGAGCAACGGCAGGUGGUGCCGCCCUUCAGGCCAACCAUAUCGUCUCCCAGCGACUGCAGCAACUUUGACAAAGAGUUCAUCAACGAGAAGCCGCGGCUGUCGUGCGCCGACCGGACUCUCAUCAACAGCGUGGACCAGACGAUGUUCAAGAACUUCUCCUUCGUCAACCCGGGGAUCAAUCGCAUGGCAGUGCGCUGACCUCUGACCUCUGACCUCCACACCACCAACAACCUACUACCUACAAACCAGCCGCUCAGUCACGACCAGCACUUCACUGCAACUACAACUAAACUUCAGACGCCGAAUGUCCCAGAGCUCGACUGUAUCCACGAACAUGACUGUGAUGAGGAGCAUUACCGGGGGUUACAAACACAACUGCGACGGGAUAUUUGAUGCGAAGAAGACAAACAAAGACUCUUUACACCGAAAUCUAAAAAAAUCCACCUUUAGAAAACCUCACGUGUGAUUCAUCAAAUCCACGAAGGAAUCGUUUAGAACUCGAUCAUUUCAGUUACCUUUGAGUUUUAAAAGAAUAAAAUGAAUUACCUGACGAAUCCCCAGUUUGAACCUGAACUCACCUUCGAGCUGUUUGUCCAUAGAAAACGUGUUUGUAAUAAACUCGUGGUGCCUCGUAAUAAUUUAUGAAUUUCACUUUGUCAAGAAAAGUGGUUUGAAUGUUGAACGAGAUACUUAGAUCCCGAGAUACUGCAGUUCUGACUCAUGUACAAUAAAAUGUGUGUUGUUGUUUUUUGGA